AGACGAUUGGUGACUGCUUGGAUCUAGACGUGACCUACUGUAGACGAAACACAGUUAGGAGCUUGGAUUAAUUGCGCUCGUGCACAAAACCGGGCAGCGCAGGCCGCGUUGCCAGAGCAUUUUUCCCUAUUCCACGGGAUCUUGCCUCCACAGCGCGCAAACUGAGGAUGGAGUACCCCUGAUCAGUAUUCAGGAGACUCUCGGUUCAUCCUUAAAUUGCUCAAUGGAUAUGCAUGAUACCCCAGUGGACAGGGAACAAAUCAUUUCAAUCUGUACGGCUUCGGACUCUGGGGAUAUCUCGAACCUCGAAUCCCGAGCAAGGCUGCGACUUCGCCAUGGUGCUGCAAGUAGACAAGGUCCGGGGUCCGUGGCUUCGACGCAAUGUCAGGAGGGAGAUGGCGACCGACAGGAGGAAAUCAGAACUUCCUGGCUUCUCAUUUGCCCUUGGGCUUCAAUGCUGUUUACCGUAAAUACGGUAACAACAACCCAGUCUAGAUGCUGGCAACUCGACAGGGGUUGGAGAGUAGCUCCUGUUGGACUCCAAGAUGGCGGCCCAGCAGCCGAGGCGGCUACGGGCGUACAAAAGUACCUCCCUCUUUCCACCACGAAUCGAGGGAACUGGCCCUUUGAGACUGAAUCGCGACGGAAUCUAGAACCCUCAAUUCAGAUAUAAGGUUACGAUAAAAAUAAUGACUUGCAUCAAAACUGGAGUUGAGAGUUUGAUCGGGGUCUCAAGUUCUGAACUCCAACCAUGAAACAAACCUAACUCCUGCCUAGUUCGACGGCGGAGCCCAACCGCUUAUGAACUCAACGUUGAUUGAUAAGUCUCUCCUAAUACUCGGGAUCGCCAUUCCCAGGGCUGCUCGGACCAUUUCUAUCGGUCAUUUGCCUCCGUCUGGACCUAUCAGUAUCAACAGGAAUAUCUCUGCCCUGAUGUCUCCAUCAAUCGCAAAUCAGGCAACCAAUCCCCGGGAAGUCUUGCGACUCAAAGU